AUGCCUGAAUUUGAGAAAUAUAAUGGAACUAGCUGCCCCAAAGCCCACAUCACUAUGUCCUGUAAAAGGAUGACUGGCUACGUUAACAACGAUCAGUUGUUAAUCCACUGUUUCCAAGACAGUUUGGUGGGGGCAGCAUCUAAAUGGUACAAUCAAUUAAGUCAUACCAAAAUUGGUUCAUGGAGGGACCUAGCACAGGCAUUUAUGAAACAAUACAGUCAUGUAACGGAUAUGACCCCCGAUAGAAUUACACUACAAAAUAUGGAGAAGAAAUCGGGUGAGAGUUUCAGACAGUAUGCACAAAGAUGGAGGGAAGUUGCCAUCCAAGUCCAACCACCGCUCCUAGAAAGAGAGACCACAAUGCUCUUUAUCAAUACCUUAAAAGCCCCGUUCAUCACGCACAUGCUAGGAAGUGCAACAAAAAGUUUCUCAGAUAUAAUAAUGAAUGGUGAAAUGAUUGAGAAUGCCAUAAGAAAUGGGAAAAUAGAAGCAAGAGAGAGUAACAAAAGGCCAGCCUCGAGAAGGAAGAAAAAUGAGGGUACUGAGAAGCCCCAGUUCACGUCGAUUCUGAUGUCAUACAAGGAGCUGUAUCAGAAGUUGUUCAAUGCGCACGUUGUCUCUCCCUUUUACUUAAGCCCUUUGCAACCUCCGUAUCCCAAUUGGUAUGAUACGAACGCACAAUGUGAUUACCAUGCGAGAAUUACAGGGCACUCAAUAGAGAAUUGCACGGCUUUCAAGAAGGUAGUUGAGAGGCUCAUUAGCAUAGGAGUCGUCAAAUUUGACGACUCACCUAACGCAAAAAAUCUGUUGCCUAAUCAUGCUGAUAAGGGGGUGAAUAUGAUGAGUGAAAGCAGAGGAGAAAAAGUCAAGAACAACAUUGCUGAAGUAAAAACCCCAUUGAAAUGGGUUUGGAGAGAGAUGGCAAAGAGGGGGCUAGUUAUUUCAGAUUCUGAAAAAAGGUAUGAGGAUGAAAGCUAUUGUGAAUUCCACCGUGAGGUAGGACAUGAGAUUCAAGAAUGUGAGGGAUUUAAGGAUCUGGCCCAAAGCAUGAUGGAUAAUAAGGAAAUGAGGUUUUAUGAAGAAGUAGAGGAUGAAAGAAAUAUUUGCGUAUCAGAGUUGGCAAUGAAGACUAGGGAAACGAAUCAUCCUGUGGUCAUCAUUUCAUGCCCUCGGAGUAAUGAGUCUAGGGUCCAGAUAACACCAAAAAUUGUAAUCCAGAAACCAUCGAAUUUCCCACACAAGGAUAACAAAAUGGUGCCGUGGAAUUAUGGAUGUACCGUGACAAUUUUGAGAAAAGAAGUAGAAAGAAAUCAGGAAAUAGGUUCUUACACACGCAAUGGGAAGCGAUAUGACGCUCAGGCAGAAUCGUCAAGAGAAGAGAAUUGGAAGAAAGAGCAAAAGAAAGGGAAGGCCGUGGAAGUUGAGUCCUUGCCGGCCCUUAUUUCUACAUUAGCUUUGCUCUUAAGUUCAGAAGCACAUCGAAAUGCACUAUUGAAAGUACUAAACGAAACAUAUGUGGCGGAUGAUAUUUCGGUGAACAAGCUGGAUCGGUUGGCCAACAAUAUAAGUGUUGACAAUUUUAUCUUCUUCAGUGAUGACGAAAUACUAUCUGGAGGAAGAGGUUCUACUAAAGCCCUGCACGUUACUGCCCGAUGCAAAGAAUACAUACUCCCGGGGGUCCUGAUUGAUAACGGAUCUGCACUAAGCGUAUUGCCUUUAUCUACUCUUAGUAGGUUACCGGUGGACAAUUCACACAUGAAAGCGUGCCAGAGCAUAGUAAAGGCAUUUGAUGGAACGGAAAAGAGGGUUAUUGGGAGAAUUGAGGAAGGCCAUGGAUACACUCAGCCGGAGCAGUACCUUCAUCGCUACACCAGAAGGAAGCAGAAUUCUGUACCGAAAAUAUCCAGGACCACGGAGAUGGGGCUGCGAUUGAUGAUUGGAAGAGGAGCUUCACCCGGGAAAAGAUUGGGAAAAUAUCUUCAAGGAAAGAUUGAAGCACCGAUGCUGAAGGAAAAGUUUGACAGUUAUGGUUUAGGAUACAAGCCAGACAUGAAGUAG